AUUUGGGUCAUUUGUGAUUUGUCUUUAUUAUGAGCUUUAUCCUAUUAAAGUGGAUGGUGUUGGUUUGUUGGACACAAGAACAGCCCAUUUUUUUCUCUUCUCUGUUUUCCGUCCUACUUUUUCUCUGCAAAUUCUCCAUCUAUCUAACACCCUAUCAGGUCUUAUUCUUGCUUUCCUUUACUUUUAAGUUCUACAAAUGCAGUACUAUUUUCCCUAUAUUUUUUGUUUUCCUAUUUUUUAAUAUCCAUCUUUCUGGGCCUGUGUUUCCUCACUUUUACUGCUCACCGAGUUAACUCAGUAACUCAACCCUGGUUUUCAUGUGACUAUGUGAGUUACAACCAGUUAGUUUCCCCGCUCACUUACAACGGGGAAUCUGGUAGUUUUUGAUUUCUGAUGGAUGCUUCUGCAUUUGAGAGAGGCCUUCCUCAUGGUUAUUACAUACCGGUGGAAGAUAUAAUUGGAAACUCAGCUUUGAAAACUAUGCAUCAACUUGAGCGUUGUUUGAAUGAUCCUACAAUUGGGAGGCUUGCUAUUGUCGGAAGGCAUGGAGUUGGUAAGACAUUUUUAAUGAAACACCUUCAUAACUUUGCCUUAAAUUUGGGUGACGACAGGUUUAAAUAUGUGAUUUGGGUUAGUUUGGGGGAUGAAUUUACCAUUAAGGAUGUUCAAGAUGCAAUUGCUGCUGCAUUGAAGUGUGAUAUUGGUCAUACUCCCAAUAGGGCUCAUAAACUAUCCAAGACUCUUGGAGAUCUGGGUAGGUUUGUCCUAUUAUUAGAUGGGUUAACCAAAUCAGAUGUACCAGAAUCUGUGGAGGAGAUACUAGGACAUUCUGUGCCUGCACAUGGGGAUGGGAUCGAGUGUAAGCUGGUAGUAACCACUAACUGUACAGCCUCUGAUUCUGAAAGUAGAAUGCUGGAUAGUUUUACAAAAGUUGAAGUUGGUUGUCUUCCAGAGAAGGAAGCAUUUGAGCUAUUCAAGCAUGAAGCAGGAUUGGACGACAUACAUGUUGCAAUGCUUGAUAAUAUUCCAAAGUUGUUGGUCAAAGAGUGUGGCGGAAUACCGGGUUGGAUAGUAAACUGUGCUUCUGGUUCCCGUGUGUAUGGUGUUGAUGAUCUCUCUGGAUGGAGGAAUGCUCUGUUUCAAUUUAAACAAUUAGUACAAUUAAAUAAUUAAUUAGGAUGCCCAUAAUACUACUCCGUCUCACUUUAUUAGUUUAUUUGUAUGAUUUUUUUUUUUAAAAUUUAAUGUGUCUUAAUAAAUUUGUGUAUUUUACUUUUUUACUUUUAAGUACACUAUUAUUUUAGUUUAAUGAUUAUUAGAGGAAAUCUUAGUAAAUAACAGUGAUUUGUAAAGUUAACUAAUCAUCGUUAUGUUCUAAGAUUGGAAUGAGUGAGUGUUUUGUGAUUUUAAUUUAACUAUUUUGAUUUUGUUUAUUUUAAUAUUAUUAUUUUUGUCUUUU